AUGAUUAUCAAGGAAAGGCAGGUUUCUACUGGCUUAAAACUGGAUAUUGUUUCGUCACCAAGCAAUUCUCAACAGGAGACAUUUCAGUCAAUGGACGAAGACAACUGCGCUGUUCCUGAACCUAAUAAUCCACUUAAUGCGCUCAAUUCUCUACAGUCAUUAAGAUCAAGAGUUCAGAUAAUUACAAAUGACAAGUUGAUGCCUGUAUCUGUGCUAGCAAAGCGCUUUCUACCUAGCGAUUAUGGUGGUGACACAACAUUAAUCGAUAUUGAGAAACGGAUUUCGUUUACUGCCGGGAAAAAAGAGUUUGGGGAAUACCUCGUAGGGAAAGAAUCACAGGGCCUUAAUGGGACAAGGAUUUUUACUGGCCCGUUCUUCGAUUGGAUGCUUACCCAGUCUGCGAGAGAAUUUAAACUUGACAUGGGUGUGAUGGAGUGGGAUCUCGAGUCGUUUAAAGUUACUAUAUUCGAUUCUGGUGACCAAGAAUUCAGCUGCACCAACACAAAGACCGUUGCGGAGGCUAUUGCUUCUGUGCUCACGCAUGAAAAUGAUACUAAGAACCAAGAUGUUCGUUUUUGGCGACUCUUGAGCGACUCUGGUAGAAAAUUUGAAGUAACCCAAGCUUCCACGGAAGAUCUUGCAGCAAAAGGCGAAGCACGCAUUAAGCGUGGCGAGUGGCUACAAGGAUACAUUGAAACCGUAUCGGCCUCUUAUUAUGCGCCUUGGGGUUAUAACACAUUUGGCGCUCGUGCCGAAAAAUGGAAUGAUAUUUUAGAGCUACCCAAGGAGAAUCUAGAUGACACCUUGAUAAAGGCACUAGGAAUACGUAGCGCAUAG